AUGAGUGAGAUAGUGAAAAAUAGGGAGCAGCUAUACAAGUUAAUCAUAAGUCAGCUGCGCUACGAUGGAUAUGAAGAUAUCGCAGCACUUGUUGGUAAUACCGUUAAUACACUGGAAACUUGUGCCCCAUCUUCUAAAUUAUUCAACAUUGUCUCCAGAUCUCUAAGUAGUGAAUCACAAGGUCGCCUCGCUAAUGUUGGAGAAGGAAUUGAUUUGGAAUACGAAGGAGACGUCAUCGUGAACUCACCUCCUGUGUUUAUGUAUGAAACCUGUUACGUAACUGCUCAUAAAGCACCAUGUCGGGUGGCAUGCUUCACCAAAGACGAUCGCCUGGUCGCAACAGGAUCUGUCGAUAACUCAAUCAAGAUACUAGACGUUGAUCGUAUGAUCGCUAAGGGAAUAUCUGAUAUCCCAUUGAAUGAACCGCAGCCACAGUCUGGACAGCAAAUGGAAAGCCAUCCAGUUAUUAGGACUUUAUAUGAUCACUCAGAGGCUGUUACUGCUUUGGAAUUUCAUCCUAAAAUGCCUAUCCUAGCGUCAGGUAGCAGGGACAGAACUGUUAAACUCUUCGAUUUCAGCAAACCUUCAAUUAAACGUGCAUUUAAAUCUAUUCAGGACGCCUACGGAAUUCGAUCUAUUUCUUUUCAUCCUACUGGUGAUUAUUUAUUAGUCGGUUCCGAACAUUCUACAGUGCGGCUCUAUGAUGUUAAUACUACACAAUGCUUUGUCUCAUCUAAUCCUCAUGAUCAUCACGUUGGACCUAUUACAAUGGUUUCUUAUGCUCCAAAUGCAAAAUUAUACGCCACAAGUAGUAAGGAUGGGUCUGUUAAGAUAUGGGAUGGGGUUAGUUGCCGAUGUAUUAUUACAUUUGGUAAGGCUCAUAAUGGAGCUGAAGUAUCGUCUGUGACAUUUACUAGAAACUCAAAGUAUAUAUUGACGAGUGGUAAAGAUUCAACUGCUAAGCUAUGGGAAUUAGCUACAGGUAAUUGUAUGAAUAUCUACGCUGGAGCUACUCAACAUCAUCAUCGCACACAAGCUGUAUUCAAUCAGUCAGAGGAUUAUGUUUUAUUACCAGACGAGAAGCACAAUUCUGUAUAUUCAUGGGAUGCACGAACUGGUGAGAAGCAGAAGAAUUUAACAACUGGUCACAAUAAUAUUAUCCGUUGUAUAUAUCAUGCCUCAUCAAUACCUGCAAUGGUUACUUGCAGCGACGAUUUUCGAGCUAGGUUUUGGUAUACGAAAGGAAUGGCUGAUUUUAAGAUGUGA